GUUACUCUACAAAAAUGUCUGAAUUGUUUACUUUCUGUUUCGUGGAGAAACUUCCGGUCGGAACAUUUCUAGUUCUCUUCCGCCAGCCCAAGCCAACAUGGGACGAGUCAGGACCAAGACUGUAAAAAAGGCCUCCAGGGUCAUCAUUGAAAAGUACUACACCCGGCUGGGCAGCGACUUCCAUGUCAACAAGAGGGUGUGCGAGGAGAUCGCAAUCAUCCCCAGUAAAAGGCUACGCAACAAGAUAUCAGGAUAUGUGACCCAUCUGAUGAAGCGUAUCCAGAGGGGCCCCGUCAGAGGCAUCUCCAUUAAACUACAGGAGGAGGAGAGGGAGAGGCGAGACAACUACGUCCCAGAGGUGUCUGCUCUGGAUCACGAGCUGAUCGAGGUGGAUCCUGACACCAAAGAGAUGUUGAAGAUGCUGGACUUCGGCAGCCUGUCCAACCUGCAGGUCACCCAGCCUGCUGUAGGAAUGAACUUCAAAACUCCCAGAGGAGUCUAGAGACAUCACAUCUGUCAAUAAAGUGUGAGAAGGAAACACUG